AUGCCGAGGGGCUUCCUUCUACAGCGCUACACUCGCCACAACUCGGACGGCGAGGACAACCGCUCGGACUCGUCCUCUUCCGCGGACGACCACGAGGACGCCGUCCGAUUCGCCUCCUCCCCACCGGCAGCCGUCGUCAAGAGCUGCGAGUCGCUCCUGCUCCGCGCAAGCGCUCUUCUGCAGCCGGACCACGGGUCUCCGCCGCCGUCUUCCCAGGAAGCGGCCAAGAGAAAGAAACUCUCUCCCGCGGGGCCGCCGCCCCUCUUACACGGAAGCCCUCCACGGAAGACCGGCGGAGGGAGCACCGGCGGUGGGACGGCGAGCCCCAACGGCGCCGCCAAGUCGGCCGUGCGCCGUCUACUCUUCGACGACGACACCCUGUCUCCGGUGUCGGGCACCUUCAUUCGGCCCUACAGCGACGAGGACGACCUGGAGCUGGACGAGGACCUCGACUACGACAUUCCGGCCGCGCUGAAUCCCGUCGUGGUGAGCGAGGAAGCGCGCGCCGAGCUGGCCAAGAUCGAGAACAAGAUCGGCGCCUACGUGUGCCGCCUGUGUCGCCAGCGCUUCGGCGACGCGUUCGGGCUCGCCCAGCACCGGUGCUCGCGCAUCGUGCACCUCGAGUACCGGUGUCCCGACUGCGCCAAGCUGUUCAACUGCCCGGCCAACCUGGCUUCGCACCGCCGAUGGCACCGGCCCAGGAACGAGUCGGGUGGCAGUGCGUCGCCCUCGGCUGACUGCAAGCAGCAGCAGGGCUCGUCCACGUCCGACGAAGAGGCGGCCGGGCCGUACGCGUGCCCUGUCUGUCCCAAGAGGUUCCGCAGGCUCGCCUACCUCCGCAAGCACGCCAACGUUCACGCCCAGGCGGAGGCCACGUGA